AUCCUUUCUCCUAGCUCUGUAGAAUUCCUCAUUCGGUGCAAAAAUAUCACAGACCUCUCUCUUCUUACUCUCCACACUCUAAAUCUCUCGCUCUCCUCUCCAGCGAUUACUAGUGAAUUUCUCUCUCCCGCCGCAACAAGGAUCGCGGCCAUCGUCAUGGCUUCCUCCUCGUCGGAGCACGCCGCCAAGCCAGAGGAGACUGGCGGCGGAGAAAGCUCCGAAGCGCGCCCGCCGCCCGAUCAUCUUCUGCUUUACCGAGGUCUGAAGAAAGCGAAGAAGGAGAGAGGUUGCACGGCGAAAGAGCGAAUCAGCAGAAUGCCUCCUUGCACGGCCGGCAAACGCAGCUCCAUAUAUCGAGGAGUCACAAGGCAUCGUUGGACUGGUCGUUAUGAAGCACAUCUAUGGGAUAAAAGUACCUGGAAUCAAAACCAAAAUAAGAAAGGAAAACAAGUUUACUUGGGUGCAUAUGAUGAUGAGGAAGCUGCAGCAAGAGCAUAUGAUCUAGCUGCUCUUAAAUACUGGGGCCCUGGAACACUUAUUAAUUUUCCGGUCACAGAUUAUGCAAGGGACCUUGAGGAAAUGCAAAACCUCUCUCGAGAGGAUUAUCUAGCAUCACUUAGGAGGAAGAGUAGUGGUUUCUCCAGGGGUGUCUCCAAAUACCGUCCCCUUUCCAGUCGAUGGGAUUCACAAUUUGGCCGUACUCCUGGAGCUGAUUACCACAGUGCACUUUAUGGUGCAGGUGAUGAGGCAGCCAGAGGAAGUGAAAAUGCAGGUGUUUAUAGUGUUGAGAGGAAGAUUGAUUUAACUAAUUACAUCAAAUGGUGGGGUACAAGUAAAUCUAGUCUGACUGAUUUCCAGUCAAAAGCAGUAGAUGAGACAAAUCCUGGGGGUUCAGAUGCUGUCGCUAGUGAACUGAGAGCCCUAGAACGGUCUACCCAACCCACAGAACCCUAUGAAAUGCCACGACUAGGUGUCCCUCCAGAAAGAUUGAACCAUAAAAAGAUAUCUGCCAUGAGUGGUUUGUUGAACUCAGCAGCAUACAAGAGCCUUCAGGAGAGAAUCACAAAAAAUAAAGGCAAGGAGGCGAAUGACGAGAAUGAAAACAAAAGCAAUAUUGAUAAAAUUGAGCUUGGGAAGACUGUUGAGAAAUCAUGCCAUGAUGUUGGAAGUGAGAGACAUGAUGUUGCAUAUGGGAUAACCGGAGGAUUACCUAUUCACAGAUAUCAGUUGGCCCCUCUUCUGUCCGCUCCCCUUCUGACCAACUACAACAGUAUCGACCCAUUAACUGACCCCCUUCUCUGGAGCUCUCUUGUCCCAGUUCUUCCUGCUGGAUCAUCACGUAUGAAUGAGGUUAGAAAAAACGAGUCUGGCUCGGGUUAUACCUUCUUCCAGCAAGGAGAGUAACCACAACACUCGCGUCUAUCCAGACUCAAGGUAGAAUCCGAUCCCUGACGUGCAUGUGCCAUACAAGCAGCCCCUUGUCGUGUUACCCAUUGAGAAGCAGAAACUUGUAUCAGCAUAUUAUGGAGUUGUGUAUAUUCCAAAGGUGUAAAUUAUUAAAGUUUUAUACUUAAAAGCUUCGCCUAUUUUGAUGGCGGCUUUGUUUGGCAUGUAUACAAAGGUAGGCAGAGAGUUAUACAGGCCUGCUCAGUUUUCCUUUUUACUAGUGCAAUGUACCUCGAACAUUGUCAUGUGUGUGUAGGUAAUGCAAUAUACCAGCUUUCAUGUCGAUGGACAGUAAA